UUGUUCUGAUCUUUAGUCUUGUUCUCUUAUUUUUCACAGCUCCCCUGCUAACUUCAGCACUACGGUUAUGUAUGGAGCCCAAAACCAAACAAAUACAACUCAUUGCCCUCAUGCAGAAAAAAACGAAUGGCACUCUACUGUGCUGCCACAUUACAUCCUGGUCAUCUCUGUGCUGGGAAUCCUCCUCAAUGUGUUUGUACUGGGGGUUUUCUGCUUUCAUAAGAAGCCCUGCUCCGUGGCUGAGAUCUUCCUGAGCAACAUGGCUGCCGCUGACCUCAUCCUCAUGGCUUUCAUGCCCUUCUGGGCUGUGUACACGGCCAAAGGAUUCAACUGGCCCUUUCCCAAUCCCCUAUGCACAGUGGUCACCCUCUCCAUCAACAUGAACGCCUACUGCAGCAUCUACUUCCUCGUGCUGAUAAGCAUUGAUCGCUACGUGGCCCUGGUGCACCCGCUGUCCCAUGACGGAAUACGUCGGCCAAAAUAUGCCAAACUGUGCUGUGUGCUGGUGUGGUGUUUCGGCUUACUGCUGAGUGUCCCCACACUCGUCUACAGGAAAGUGAAAUUAUACUCAAACUCUUAUGUAUGCCAUCUUGAUUACCCAAAUGGCACCGUGCGGAAUCUGUUCAGCGUGAUGCUGAUCAUCUUCAGCUUCGUCAUACCAAUCUCCAUUAUUUCCUUCUGCACUUUUAGGAUUAUUCAAGCACUGAACAGCAGAUUAAGUGUUGGGUCGAACACAAAGAAAAAGGAGCAGAAGGCCACCACUCUGAUGCUGACAGUCCUUCUGGCGUUUAUGAUUUGCUGGGUACCGUUCCACCUGCAUAAGAUAGUCCAAAUGCUUGUGUAUGCAGGAGUCAUUACAGACUGCACCCUACUCACCAUCUACAACAUCUGCUUGCAUAUCUUCAUGAAUUUGGCUUUCUUCAACAGCGUUCUCAACCCCGUCCUCUACGUUAUGGUAGGAAAGAAUUUCCGCAAAAAAGUUAGGGAACUCUUCCAGCAGAGGAGGACUAACACAACAUUGUCCUUCAACACCACCUACGCAAGAUAAUCUGCAGGUGUCACGGUGUGGUUCACUUCCUGUUGUAUUUUGUAGUUUUCUGCCACUCGUGUCCCCGGGUAACUUCACUUCCUGCCUUGUCCCGUCAUCCCCUGUGAUCAUCUAAUAGUUUCCACCUGUGUCCAAUCACCUGCACCUCCCUUGUGUAUUCAAGCCGUGUGUCUCUUGUGUCACUUGUGGCGUCAUUGUCUAUCGUCGUGGAUGUCUGUAGUUUCCUUAUUGCUGGUUUUCCCCCAAGUUCCUGUGUGUUUUUGACUACUAAAGUCUUUUGUUUUCCGUGAAGUCUGCAUUUGAGUCCUGCCUCCUCCGCGCAUCCUUGACAGCAGGAAGCUUUGGGCAUUUAUUUUUUCAUAUACAAUUUUACCCAAUGAAACUACUAUUAAUUUUGUUACUUACUAUUAAUCGUUUUCUCUGAACACGCUGUGAUAGACAAGCGUUUGAUGACAACACGUGACUCAAUUUACCGUUGAUGCCAUUUAACACUCAGGCCUAAUGACUUUUGUUUCCGAAAAAUAUUCUCAGACCAAUAUUACACUGCUAAAUAUUUAAA